AUGGAGACUAGAACUAUAGUACUUAGUAUGAGUGUACUUGUUGUUUUAUUGGGCUUGGUUAGAUCCGACCCGGAUCCACUCCAAGAUUAUUGUGUGGCUGAUACCAAAAAAGCUACAAGAGAAAAUUUCUAUAAUGGUGUGCCAUGUAUCAAUCCACAAAAUGUAGAUAUUUCUCAUUUUGCAACAUCAGCAUUGUCCAAGGCUGGUAAAAUUGGCUUAGUAUUUGGUUUCAAUGUGACACUAACCACAAUUUUCAAUUUGCCAGGUAUGAACACUCAAGGACUCACUAUGGCAAGAAUAGACAUUGGUCCCAAUAGCCUUGUGUCCCCUCAUUCCCACCCUAGAGCCUCAGAAGUGGCUAUUUUGCUAAAGGGUUCACUUUUAGUUGGAUUUAUUAACACAUCAAAUCACUUAUUUACCCAAAAUUUAAGCCCAGGAGAUUCUUUUGUUUUUCCAAAAGGUAUGAUCCAUUUUCUUUAUAAUACUGACUCUAAAGUGCAAGCAUUGGCUUUGUCUGGGCUGAGUAGCCAAAACCCUGGUCUCCAAGUGGCCUCCCCGGCCGCGUUCGCGACCGAGCCAACCCUGCCAGACGAAGUAUCUCAGAAGUUAUUUCAGAUCAACGAUCAAGACGUUACAAAAAUCAGAACGAGCCUCGGAGGAUGAUUAUGUUUUUUGAAUAUGGUUAUUGUUGAGUAUACAUGGUUACUUUUUCUUUCAAUAAUUUUAUUUAUUAUUGGAGUAAAUUAAAGCUUGCUUAGGGUUAUUUCAAUUAAUUAGUAGGAAAAAAAAAAGAGGUUGUAGGUUUGGGUGUAUAAUGACAUGCCAACUAUCACAUGUGUGUUGUACUAAUUUUAUUAAACAAAUUUGCCAGCCUUUGUCAAA